AUGCGAGCUCGAGACUUGGUGUAUCAUCUACAUUGUUUCACAUGUGCGUGGUGUAACACAGUUCUUACCCAAGGAGACUACUUCGGACUGAAAGAUAACCUUGUUUAUUGCCGCACACACUACGAACUCCUCGUGCAGGGUGAGCCCUACCUGCCAACGGAUCGGAGAACAAACGGUACUAUUGGAGACCAGCCUAGCGAGCAUGUGCAGCCCCACGACUCGAGCUACCCACCCAUGGGAAAUGUCAGGAAAGGCAGGCCUCGGAAAAGGAAAGCAACAGAUGUGGGGGUAGAUUCCAUGAUGGGACAGAACAUGG